AUGGCGUCCACGCGCGCGGUGCUGCAGGUGUUCGAGAAGUACCAGAAGGAUCGGGUGACCUUCGUGCAGACGGUCGCGGAGCUGGCGACGCGACCGCAGAACAUCGAGCCGAUGCAGAGCGCGGGGGUGAUGGCGCUCCUCCGACCUCUGCUCCUCGAUAACGUGCCGAGCAUCCAGCAGAGCGCCGCGAUCGCGCUCGGGCGACUGGCCAACUACAGCGACCACCUCGCCGAGGCGGUCGUCAGCAACGAGAUCUUGCCCCAGCUCGUCUACUCGCUCAGCGAGCAGAACCGAUUUUACAAGCAAGCCGCGGCGUUUGUCCUGAGGGCGGUGGCGAAGCACUCGCCCCCGCUCGCGCAGGCCGUGGUGGACAGCGGCGCCCUCGACUCCCUCGUGCAGUGCCUCGAGGAGUUCGACCCGGGCGUCAAGGAGUCCGCCGCGUGGGCGCUCGGCUACAUCGCGGGACACAACGCCGAAUUGGCAGCCUGUGUUGUUGAAGCCGGCGCGGUGCCGCUCCUGGUGCUCUGCGUCCAGGAACCCGAGCUCUCGCUCAAGCGCAUCGCCGCGUCGUCGCUCUCGGACAUCGCGAAGCACUCCCCGGAGAUGGCGCAGGCUGUCGUGGACGCGGGUGCCGUCGCGUACCUCGCCCCGCUCAUCCUCUCGCCGGAUGCCAAGCUCAAGAGGCAAGUGUGCGCGGCGCUCGGUCAGGUUGCGAAGCACUCGGUGGAUCUCGCGGAGGUGGUCGUCGAGGCGGAGAUAUUUCCGAGCAUCCUCAUGUGCCUCAAAGACGUCGACGGGUUCGUGCGCAAGCACGCCGCGACGGCGAUUCGCGAGGUUUGCAAGCACACUCCGGAAUUGGCGCAACUCGUCGUCUCCAACGGCGGCGUCGCCGCGCUGGUCGAUUACGUGGACGAGUCCGAGGGGAACAAUCGCCUGCCGGGCGUCAUGGCGCUGGGGUACAUCAGCGCGUUCAGCGAGACGCUGGCGACGGCGGUGAUUGCGAGCAAAGGGAUCGCGCCGCUCUUCGCGUCGCUCGUGGAGGAGCCCGAGGACCACGUCAAGAGCGCGAGCGCGUGGAGCCUGGGGCAGAUUGGCCGGCACACGCCCAACCACGCCAAAGCGAUCGCCGACGCGGGCGUGCUCGCCAAGCUCGUCGCGGUGGGUUCGCUUCCGAGCUCGUCGGAGGAUCUGCGGACGAAGUGCGUCCGCGCGCUGAGGUUCGUCAUCGAGAAGCUCACCGACCUCGCCGCGCUGGACAGGACCCUGCAGGAGCGGGGACUGCCGCACGAGGUUGUCAAGUUUGUCGUGCACCAGAUUUCCAAAGUGCUGCCGAACGAUCCCAAGGGGAGGCACGAUUUCGUCACCAGCGGCGGGCUGGCGGCGGUGCAGUCGCUCGAAGCGGCGGCGGGGACGCAGCUCAAGGAACACGUGGACGUCAUCAAGAGCUGCUACCCGGAGGAGAUUGUGCAGUACUACUCGCCAGCGUAUCCGGCGCAGCUGCUCGAGAAGCUCGAGGUUGGCGCGUGAUUGAUCUGAUUGAGGACGAGGACGGCGAGCGACUGAUCGUACACGACGGAGAAGGGUCGAGUCGCGGGGAAAGGAAAGGCGGGUGCGCGGGCGCCGGCACCGCGGGGGGUGUAAGACUACUACCGACGCCGGGGCGGGUUCAUUCGGGACGGAGACGUGUGAUGAUUCACGUUAAAUGUCAGACACUAGCGCCGUUCCCAACUGAUGAAAUUCGCCGU